AGCCUGGUCAGACUCCUCACAUCACUCUGAGCAGGGCCAAGUGGCUCAGCACCUCUAGUCUCUUACAGGCCAAAAGGAGAGGUUGGAACAAGGCCUCUUUCUCCAUGGACGUGCCAGAAGUGCAUGAUGGGUACUCYAGCGCCGAGGACCCCAUGAACUCUGACCCUGAGGAUGAGGGAGGCAGGAAGCUGGCUGUCGGCGACAGGUUCACAGUGGUGGYGGACUAUGAGAAGGAGAAAGGAGGGCYUCAGGACCUGUCAGUGAAGAGUGGAGACAUGGUGCAGCUCAUUAAAGAGGGAGAUGACGGACAGUGGUUUGUUAGAAACUUGGGGAGCAACAAAGAUGGCUGGGUAGCAGCAGCCAACCUUCUCACCCUCAUUACAGAGUCCAAGUCCUCGCAGUCCCUCUGCAGCUCAGAGGGCAGUGUAACUGGCAACCUCAGCACCUCCUCCAGCUGCAGUGAAACCUACACAAGUUUCUCUGACAUCAAGCCCUAAAGUCCCACCCCCUCUAAGCCCUGAGACACAGCUACAGCGCCACCCAGUGGUUGGSUGUUCAAACGACACGUGCACUUUUCCCCUCUACUACUGUUCAAAUCAAAUUGUAUUUAUCACAUGCGCCGAAUACAACUGGUGUAGCCUUUACAGUGAAAUGCUUGCACACGUUAGUUUUCAUUACAGUCCAUAGAUACUUCACUCAUACUGAAGUGGAGGCURCCUGGAAUGUAGCAGAAAGCAGUCUAAUAGCUGCUUAUCUGUCAAUGUGAAGGGAAGGUAAUGAAGGACUGCUUUCCUCUGGACAUACUCUACUCUCAGGGAUAAGAGGUAGUGUCCUAGUCUUUUACUGUGAUUGAAGGCUAGCACACAUUGAGAACAGGAAGUUCAGGCCUCUCCCCUACCUGUUUGACAGAGAUGAACAAGGAAGGACACACCCGCUCCAUUCACACACACACACACAGGCAGGCUUUGUUAGCCUAGCGUGGUACCGCUCCUCCCACUCCAACAAGGUGACAGUGAUAUGGAGCCAGGAGCUCCUCUACUGAACUCAACACUUCAACAGACAAACAAACAGACGCCUCAGUCUCUCUCCUGUAGACUCUGGUAACCAGUUGUGUCAUAAUGUUUCUCUGUCUCAGGCAGUCAACCUCCUCAGUAUGUCCUCAGUCCUCUCCUGAGUGACUUUAAAAAUAGAUGAUGGAUUUAUAUUUCAUAUGUUUCUACUGGAUCCCCCAAGACAAACUAAACUGUAAAAGUGUCGAGACAAUCACAUUCUAGCAAGAAUGCAAAUUAGAAUGGMWUUGUCAUGAAAUACUUUUUGAGUUUGGUCAACUSUGUAUAUCUAUKGCUUUGUCCAGAGGCCCUCCAGUACAUUUCCAGUCCCUCUCCCUCCCUCCCUGUUUCUCCUUCCUCCACCUGUGCUGUCUGRGCUAUUAGUGAACUCUUGGCUUUGUUCCCAGUGAUCUGAGAGAGCUGGGCUUUAAACUACCAGGUGUUCUUUAGGCAGGGGUGAUAUUACAGGAYGGUCAGAUAUCAUAGAUACUUCAACAAUAACAGUGCUCAGGAUGUUCUUCUGAAUCAUUUUCUCUUGGCUCAAAGUGAAAUCUUAUACACUACACAGAAAUCCCCUGAAGAUUGAGAUUCCCAUAAAAAGAUUCAUGUCAGGUCGAUUGAUGUUGAAAUAACUGUACUGUACCAGAGAGUAUAAACUUAAAAGGAAUGAUUUGUAUGCGUUAAUCAAUGUGUGUAAGUUCAUUUAUUUGAGAAAGAUGUGUACAGAAUCUACAGAUAUUAUCCUAUACCUUGUAUUUUUCAUUUAAAAUGUGUAUGUUGUGUAUGAGGACCAUGGAUAUGUUUUCGUGGGUCUAAGUAUAUCAAAGAUAUUUUAUUAAUUGGUUGGCGGAGCAUGUUUCCAUGGUAAUUUCUUCAAACUCCUGAGAGGACAUAUAUUAAUAGAAAUAUCAUCCUUUUCCUCAUUUGAGAAUGCAGUCUGUACACUGAAAACCGAAGAUGGAGGUUAACUAUACGUCCCGUGCUGAGAGUUCAACUCAGAAUGACGGUUGUCUCAAAUUUCAGCACGCACAAUAAAAGGUUKUAAACUGUUUUGGUUAUAACCGUUUUAGUUAUAACUGUUUUUAUAACUUAUUGUUCUACUGUAUAUAUUUUUCGAUUUGCACCCAGUGAGAUGACAAUGUUGUUACUGUGUGUCACAUUGUUAUGCAGCACCUUGCCGCAUUAUUUAGUUCUUUAUUUUCCUACGGUAACAAGUAUUGAUACAGAUCUUAUAUAAUUAAUGAUAUGCAUUCAUAUCUGUGUAUAUGUGUAAAUAUGUAUCUCUGAGGUGUAUUAUUAAAGCCGCUGAAUAAAGACAAACAUUCUUUGCUUUAAUCCAAUGA